ACCCGCGGUAUCCGUGUCCAGCCUAUGUGCCUGCCAUCAAUGAGUGAUCGCACAUCGCCACCAGGUUCGAAACGGGCCCAUUGACUGAGAGGCGGUGUUUGUAAGCGCUACGUAUAAUCCUCCGACGCAUCUGAUGUUUCCACUCGGCAAACUACACAUUGCCAUUACAGUGCUUCAUCGUUGGCUUGUCCCCUUGUUCCCCGGCCCCUCAACGCGAAAGGCAGCACCUGAGAAAUCUAUCCUUCUAGUUUCCGAGCCCAAACUCCUCAGAACCCUCGGUCUCAACAAUUGACCAUGAUCAAACAUGGGUCGGAGACUCGUUAAUACCAAAAAAAGUACCCAGUUUGGUGCGGCUAGAGCCUGGUUAGGUGUGGCAAGUUGGCUCAGUCUCGGCUGGCAGAGGCGCAUCAACUCGUGUCCAAACACCAAACUCUCAAUCAACGCCAGAAAGGCGGAACCGAUCAACGUCCAUUUCGUCACCACCUAUCCGACAAACAAGAAUGCCAACCCCUUACUUUCCUGCACAUUUGGUCCGGUUCGUCUCUGCGUCGUCGUCCCCUUGCUGCCGUACUACAGGCUGCUGGAAGCGUGGGCGAGGUAUAUGCACCCUAACCUGGUCUUUUUCUCUCGUUCCAUCUCCAGACAAGCACCUCUCCCUAUCCUCCCUCCUCUUUUCUACAAAUUGUUGAAGCACUCCUAGCUAUAUUGAGGCCCGCGGCUAGUGUUUGAUGAUCAACCACGUCUACCUGUGGCUUUGACACAGUAUUCUGGUUUUAGGCUGUGUAGGUGUGGGUGUGUAUGCUACGCAGAACACUAUGUAAGGGGUCUGGCGCCCAGCCGUCUGCGCCCACGUGCAUAUAUAGGCUGGGGCAAGCCUUCGUACCUACGAGAAGGGUUGCCUUUCUAGGCUUAAACAUACAAACAUGGCUGCCGUCAUUGGUAAGGUCAGUCAGGUAAGGUGGCGGAGAGCAUAAGAACAGCAAAGACGAGACAAGCAAAAUAUUGUGGGCCUGAGUGAAGGUACAGGCAUUCUUGUUUGGCCUUCCUUAUGAGGGUGGAAGGGAGAGGUUCUUCAUGUUGAAUGUUCAGGUGCUUGUCCUAACACUUUUGACAACCUGCCAGGGGCAAA